CUAUAAGGUAAGACUAACUUACAUAAUGGAUUUUGAAAAUUAAGAAACAACACCUGCAUUUGUUUCUCACCUUCAACCAAUAGUAGACGGGACUUUGGCUGGCGCGACUUUUGAAAGUUUUCACGUUAUGGAUCGCAAAGCCGCCAUCAAAAGCAAGCUUCAAGGAAUAGAGAGCUAUAAUCCCGAACACAUAGCAGUACUUGAAGAGCACCUUACAUGGCAAAUCACGAAUAAUGAUUAUGAUUUCGAAGCUAAUUUAGCUUUACUUCGACUAUAUCAGUUUUAUCCGGAACGUUUUAAUGCUGAAUGUGCAAGGUUAGUGCUGCUAAAAGCAAUUAUAAGUAUGAAUCAAUCAGAUUUUACCUUGUGCAAGUACUUGGUUAAUCUAGAACAUCUUAGUAAAGAGCCAUUGUCAUUGAUUGUGCAACUUGGGCAUUUUUUGGAAACUUGUCGGUUUUCUGAGUUUUGGAUGGAAGUUAAAGAUAAUCCCAAGAUUUUCUCUUCUAUCCCUGGAUUCCGUGAAUCUGUACGAAAAUUUAUUGUACAAAUUAUUUCACAAACAUAUCAACGUAUUCCGAAAACUUUAUUAAUGAGUUUUUUGGAUAUAUCAGAAAGUGACAAUGAUCAAUUGAAACAAUUCAUUAAACAAUAUGAUUGGUCUGAAACCAUAGAUGACCAAAAUAAUCAUCAACUUAUUUUAGUGAAUAAUCAUGAAGAAAACAUCAAGUCGGUGAAAAUCAGGGAACGAGUAAAUUUCGAUUCAAUCACAUCCAUGUCUGGGGCAUUUCGACCAUCAAAAAGUGAUUUUUUCAUUAAAACAACAUACAAUAAUCAUGAUAAUCAUAAUCAUAGUAAUCAUGUUAAAUAAAUAAAAUUUUUGUUAUUUAUUUCUCAACGGAAUACAUUUUUAUUCUCAAGUA